AUGUUGUUGGUAGAUGCCAUAAACUUAGUGAAAGAAUUUAAACAACAAGCAAAUGCAUGUUCCAAAGGGUUUUGGGUGGCCAGAAUAUCAACUUUGGAAUACUGUGAAACAAUCGCAACAGGUGGGAGGCGAACAAUCGCCAAAAUGGAAGCUUAUCACUGUAAAGACUGUGAUUUUAAGACGGAAGUGACCCUUGUGUUUGAACAACAUAUUAAUGAACAUCACGGCCCUAGCAGAGAAUCUAGAGAGGAAACAUCUAGUGAAGAAACAUCUAGUGAGGAAACAUGUAGUGACGAAACAUCUAGUGAGGAUUCCAGCGUUGAAAACUCCGUUGGCCCAAAAUAUUACUUUGAGCCAAAUCUGUCGUUAAAGUCGUUUGAGGAUACUUCAGCAUCCACGGGAACGGAAGAAAAUCUUCAAAAUGUGAGUCCUUUGAAAGAGAGUGCCACAUACAAUUCCGACUUCAAGCAAACUGACGAAACUCCUUGGUAUUACUGCGCUGAAUGUUCCUUCAAAACUAAACUCGACGAAGAUUUAAAACAUCACACUGAAAACAGCCAUGGGAACAAACGAAACCAUUUAGAUGAACAAGAAGUUGAAUGGCACAAAUGCCAACAAUGUUCAUUCAAGGCCAAAGGAAAAUAUAAUUUAAGAAAACACAUAAAUAACGUACACUUGAACGACGAAGACGUUAAAUGGUACCAAUGCAAUCAGUGUGAUUACCGAACUAAGUAUGGACCAUGGAAUUUAAGAAAACACGAAAUUUUUAGGCAUCUAGACCACGCAAAAAUUAACUGUGAACAUUUAAACCCUCACAGUAAUAUGCUACAUUUAGAAGGAAUUGUAGUUAAAUGA